AUGCCUGGUGGUGGACAAGGACAACAACCUGGUGCUGGACAUGGUCAGCAACCUGGAGGUGGACACGGACAGCAACCUGGUGGUGGACACGGACAACAACCUGGUGGUGGACAUGGGCAACAGCCUGGUGGUGGACAUGGGCAACAACCUGGUGGUAGACAUGGACAACAACCUGGUGGUGGACGUGGACAACAACCUGGUGGUAAUCCGCCGUAUCCAGGAGGUGCACUGCCUAUGGGAAGAAACCGACCAGGACAGGGAGGCGCAAUGCCUGGUGGUGGACAAGGACAACAACCUGGUGGUGGACAUGGUCAGCAACCUGGAGGUGGACACGGACAGCAACCUGGUGGUGGACACGGACAACAACCUGGUGGUGGACAUGGGCAACAGCCUGGUGGUGGACACGGACAACAACCGGGUGGUGGACAUGCACAACAGCCUGGUGGUGGACACGGACAACAACCUGGUGGUGGACCUGGGCAACAGCCUGGUGGUGGACCGGGGCAACAACCUGGUGGUGGACAUGCACAACAGCCUGGUGGUGGACACGGACAACAACCUGGUGGUGGACACGGACAACAACCUGGUGGUGGACCUGGGCAACAGCCUGGUGGUGGACCGGGGCAACAGCCUGGUGGUGGACAUAGGCCACAACUUGGUGGUGGACAUGGUCAGCAACCUGGUGGUGGACAUGGGCAAAGACCUGGUGGUGGACAUGGGCAACAGCCCGGUGGUGGACCUGGGCAACAGCCUGGUGGUGGACCGGGGCAACAGCCUGGUGGUGGACAUAGGCCACAACCUGGUGGUGGACAUGGUCAGCAACCUGGUGGUGGACAUGGGCAAAGACCUGGUGGUGGACAUGGGCAACAGCCCGGUGGUGGACCUGGGCAACAACCUGGUGGUGGACAUAGGCCACAACCUGGUGGUGGACAUGGACAACCUGGUGGUAAUCCAGCAUAUCCAGGCGGUGCACUACCUAUGGGAAGAAACCGACAGGGAGGCGCAAUGCCUGGUGGUGGACAAAGACAACCUGGUGGUGGACAUGGACAGCAACCUGGAGGUGGACAAGGACAGCAACCUGGUGGUGGACACGGACAGCAACCUGGUGGUGGACAUGGGCAACAACCUGUUGGUGGGCAAGGACAACAACCGGGUGGUAAUCCGGCGUAUCCAGGAGGUGCACUGCCUAUGGGAAGAAACCGACCAGGACAGGGUGGCGCAACGCCUGGUGGUGGACAAGGGCAACAGCCAGGUGGAGCCCCACCACCAAAACCUCCAAAUGGAAACGUAUUAAUUCAUUUAACUAUUAAUUCUGUUGGAAGUGGUCCAAAACCUGGCGGUCAGGGAGCUGCAUUACCAGGAAGCAGAAUGGGACAACCUGGUGGUCAUGGUGCUGCAUUACCAGGAAGUAGAAUGGGACAACCUGCUGGUCAUGGCGCUGCUUUACCAGGAAGUAGAAUGGGACAUCAACCAACUGGUCAUGGACACCAACCAGGUAUGAGAGGACAAGGACAAGGUGGUCAACCAGGUCAAGGAGGCCUAGGACACGGUGGUCAACAACCGGGAAUGGCCGGUCAGGGACAUGGUGGUCAACAACCGGGAAUGGCCGGUCAGGGACAUGGUGGUCAACAACCAGGUAUGGGAGGUCAAGGACAUGGUGGACAACAGCCUGGUAUGGGAGGUCAAGGACAUGGUGUUCAACCAGGUCAGGGAGGUCCUGGACACGGUGGUCAACAACCUGGAACGGGAGGCCAAGGAAUUGGUGGUCAACAACCAGGUAUGGGAGGUCACGGACAUGGUGGUCAACAACGAGGUUUAGGAGGACAAGGACACGGAGGUCAACAACCAGGUAUGGGAGGGCAAGGACAUGGUGGUCAACAACAAGGAAUGGGAGGACACGGUGGUCAACAACCAGGUAUGGGAGGUCAAAGACGUGGUGGACAACAACCAGGAAUGGGAGGCCAAGGGCAUGCUGGCCAACAGCCAGGAUUGGGAGGCCAAGGACACGGCGGUCAGCAACCAGGUAUGGGAGGUCAAGGACAUCCUGGUCAACAACAAGGAAUGGGAGGCCAUGGAAAUGCUGGUCAACAGCCAGGAUUGGGAGGCCAAGGACACGGCGGUCAGCAACCAGGUAUGGGAGGUCAAGGACAUCCUGGUCAACAACAAGGAAUGGGAGGCCAUGGAAAUGCUGGUCAACAGCCAGGAUUGGGAGGCCAAGGACACGGUGGUCAGCAACCAGGUAUGGGAGGUCGAGGACACGGUGGUCAACAGCCAGGAUUGGGAGCCCAAGGGCAUGGCGGUCAGCAACCAGGUAUGGGAGGUCAAGGACACGGCGGUCAGCAACCAGGUGUGGGGGGUCGAGGACACGGUGGUCAACAGCCAGGUUUGGGAGGUCAAGGACAUGGUGGUCAACAACCAGGUAUUGGAGGUCAAGGUGGUCGACAACCAGGUCACGGAGGUCAAGGACACGGGGCAGGUCAAGUUGGGCAGCAGGGACCUGGCGGUCAAGGAACACCAACUGGACUUGGUUCAUUCCUUUCACAAGGACAAAUGUCUCCUGGACAAGGAUUUCAGCUAUUAGGCGUGUCCAAUCCAAACACUCAGGGAAUACCUCCACCUCCUCCAAAUGCACCUACCAACACUCAACAAUUGUUGAAUAAUUUAAAAAUAUCUCAUCGACAAUUAUUAGAUCUAAUGCAACGUAAUCCUGGUGGCCCAAGCCAACAUGGUUUAGGAAACACAGCACAACAAACACCUGGUCAUAUGGUGAAGUGGAAUCCUCCAGCCGGGGGUCGUAUUUAAGCCAUCAUCAUUUGUGUAAGGAGUUGUCUUGAACUGGUCAAGUAUAUGACGGAAUAAAGAAUAUAAAGUUUA